AAAAAAAAAAAAAUGAAAAAAGAAAAACGAAUGCAGAUUACAGAGGGAAAGGCCGUAUCUGAGUCUGUAAUUUGGCGGGGGGUUGAAGGAGCUUUGUGACUGAAUCUGCAACAGAACCCACGAAGAAGAAGAAGACGACGACGGCGAAGAAGAAGAAAUCGCCAAAAUCUCGUCUCAUUUCUCCUCAGUCUUCAUCAAGCUCUCUUCCAUCUUCGAGAUCUGUCCCGUAUUCAAUUCCGCUUACUCACACUGUUCGCUUCCAGAAAUUUUCAUUUUGAUCUUGAUCGAAUUCGAUUUUGGUUUCGGCUUUAGCUUCAGAUUUUCGGUCUCGUGUGUACGUUCGGAAACUCCCGAAGAAGACGUAGAGGAAGUGGAAAAGUGGCAUCGUAAGCAGAGGCCAAUGUUCGGAUCUAGGUUUUCCAUUUUCGGAAUUGGUGCUGCUGCUGAAAAGGUCGAGGAGUCGGUGAAGAGCGAGGUUCUUCCUGGUUUUGAACUUCGCUGCGAUAAAGAUGUGUAUCGGCCUGGCGAUCCUGUUGUUGUUACCAUUGAAAUUUACUCCUCUGUCGCUCAAUUGGACUGCUCUCUUUUGAUUGAGCGGCUUCGUUUUGAGAUUAUUGGGCUCCGGAAGUUGGACGCUCAGUGGUUUAGCACUCAGAAGCCAAUCCCUGGAUCCAGACAACGGAGAGGUGAACACGUUUUCAUGGACUGCUCGGUGCAAUCAAUAGUUUCAAAUCAGAUAAUAUCUUCGGGGGCUACCAAGUCAUAUGAGGUUCGAACAACGCUUCCUAGCCGCAUACCACCAUCUUACAAGGGUGCCACUAUUCGUUAUAUGUAUUAUGUUAAAAGUACAUUACUCGGACGAUGGCUUACACAGGAAAAUGGUCGAUCUCAUAAAGAGUCGCUGAAGGAUCAAAUAGAAAUGGAAGCUCGGGUUCCAUUGCAAGUGUGGGUCACUCAGAAAACUAAUGGCAUGCUAAUGGAAGAAGGUCAAAAUGAUGCAUUUCAAAUGGAUGUAUUUUGGAAAGAGAUGAAAGGCGACGCUGACUGGAUCAGAGCAAAUGAUAUAUAUGAUGGCAUUGAUGAAGGAUAUGAUAGCUCAAGGGAUGAGAUCUCAUCUGUCUCGUCAUACAAUCCAAUGAGAGAACCUUUUCAUAGAACCUUUGGAAGUUCACUGUCAUUGCAGUCAUCUGCUGGAAGAUCUUCAAUAAAGGAUGCUCGUUUUAUUGAAGGAGAGCGAUUAAGUUUAUCUCCUAAUGUUGCACGUCCUAGGGUCUCUGUUGCUGAGGUCCUAUAUGAUUCUGCCGAUGUUGCAUCAUCUCAGAAGUCAUUUGCAGCCGUCUCACCCAGCCAGGCGUUGAGCUUUGAGAAGAAUCAAUUAACAGAUGAUGAUGUUGGAGUAGCAUCUUCACCAAUGCCUAAAAUUAUUGAACCUGUAGCAUCAGAAGGCUUUAUUCGAGGAAGAUCUUACAAUAUCAGGGUAGAUGACCAAGUAUUGCUUAGGUUUUGCCCAAAAAAUUCUGAUUCAACCUAUUAUUUUAGUGACAUGAUAGGUGGAACUCUUACCUUUUUUCAUGAAGAUGGAGCGAGGAGAUGCCUUGAGGUAUCAAUAACUUUGGAGACUUCAGAGACUGUAUCUCGCCGUUUCGUCCAUCCUUCUAGGAGGAAUUCUCCAACAAUUGUGAAGGUUCAAAGUGAUCAUUUUGAGGUUGUUGCUGAUUUGAUUCAGACAAGCUUUCUUUUCUCAAUUCCCAUAAAUGGGCCUAUGUCCUUUUCCACUCCACAUGUAUCUUUGCAGUGGGCACUCCGCUUUGAAUUUUUUACCACCCCCAAGAAUGUGGAUUGGACCAGAUAUGAGCAUCCUCUCUUGAUUGAAGCAAGAGAAAAAAGCGAAUGGAUUCUUCCAAUCACUGUGCAUGCACCUCCAUCUAGCACUGCAACUGCUCAGAACCGAAAUGAUAGACCUUUCCCUUUGGAGCCCUUGUGAAAGCACGCCUGAUGGGGCUUAUGUCAAAUGAAGGAUUUGUAGAUUUCUCUAGCAAUUUUAGCAUCCCCUCGGCGUCUCGCUGCCAGGACUUCUUUUUUUGAAGAAACCAACAUCAAGAAAAUGCGAAUGUCGAACUGAACUGCCGGAAGAAGAUGGCGACGACGAGAGUGUAGACCAUUGACAUUGCAGGUUGACCACUAUACGUUGCAUUUCAUCGCCAGAAGCUUCAUAGUAUUUUCCUGUGCUUGUGCUAAAGAUGCCCAUUCUUAGGUCCUCUCCAAUUCAGAAUAUGAAUCUGGUUUUUGCUUGAAAAAAGCAAUAGGAAUUCCCAUCAUUCUUUUGAAAUUUCUGAAUGUGUUUAAAAUCUUUAUAUAUAUUCUGAUUCCCUGCUCAA